UCUCGAAUUGUUUCUAGUUUCUAUACACCUGUAGUAAACGAAUGCACACACGCACAGGUAUAUUUACCUCUCCUCCCAAUUCUUGGAGGGGGUCUCCAACGUGUUUGUUAUAUAGCCGGGUGAUAUGGCUGAUGGCUGAUAGCAGCUUCAGCGGGUCAACAUAGAAGAGAGAGUGUGAAACCAUCCUCUCCUUCUUUCGAUAUAUCUGUAAACACAACUAACGGAACAAGUUGUUCAAAUAAUUUUUUUCGAGAAUACAGACAAAUUAUUUCUAAUUCGAUAUGAUCGUUUGAGAAUCGCGUGUGGUGAUUUUUUAAGUUUGGAUUUUGUGUAUUUUGUUUAGAAUUUUGGAAGGUAUGACUUCUGGGGUCAAUCAAACUGUUAUAAAAAAUCCAACAUGGUGGAGGCGGCGGACGAAUAUGGAGAGGUGCCUCACCUUAUCGACAGGCAUCGCCCUUCUUAUUGGAAUCUCAUUAGUCAUAGCUCUAGCCACAGUUAUAUGCAGUAGGAAUCAAGAAGUUAGUCAUAGGCCGUAUACAGCAGAACCUUUACAAGGGAAAAUAGUAACGAUUACUUCACCGGAUCAAGACGAACCCGAGAAAGUAUGUCUAACUGCAGGCUGUAUACACACCGCGUCUCGGGUCUUGGAAUAUAUGGACGAAACUGUGGAUCCGUGCGACGAUUUCUAUCAAUUCACGUGUGGGAAUUUUAUCAAGACUACCAAUAUCCCUGACGAUAAAUCGUCAGUAACUUCCUUCAGUAUUAUUAACGAUAUGUUGAUGGAGCAGUUGAGGACCAUGAUCGAGGAACCCGUCCAGGAAAACGAACCUAAACCUUUUAAGCUCACCAAGAAAUUAUACAAGGCGUGCAUGAACAAAACUCUUAUAGAAGAGGAAGGAAUGACCACGAUUAACGAUAUUCUAAAGCAACUUGGUGGAUGGCCCGUAUUAGAAGGCAAGAAUUGGAACGAACGUGAAUUCGAUUGGAAAACGUCUGUUUCUAAAUUCAGAACCGUCGGAUACGGCGUCGAUUAUUUUAUUGAUUUUUCCGUCGUGAGUGAUGUUAAAAAUUCUACGAGAAGGGUUAUUGAUUUGGACCAAGCAUCUUUAGGAUUAAGAAGAGAAUUUCUGAUAAAAGGCUUUGAAGAUAAGAUAGUGAAAGCCUAUUACGAUUACAUGGUGGACUUGGCUGUUCUUUUCGGCGCCGACAGGCAGAAGGCCACUACCGAAUUAAAAGCCUCGCUAGAAUUUGAAAUGCAACUGGCAAAGAUAUCGCUACCUAGCGAAAAAAGGCGUAACAUGACCGCUUUGUACAAUCCCAUGUCUAUUGAACAGCUCCAAGAAAAAUUCCCGAGUAUCCCAUGGGUCGAAUAUAUCAAUAACCUUCUUGCUCCUGAUACUCAUGUCGAAACUGGUGAAUUGAUUAUUGUAAAUGUUCCUUCUUACUUGAAGUCUUUUGAAUUGUUGGUGGAGAAGACUCCCAAAAGAGUGCAAGCUAACUACGUCAUGUGGAGAGCAGCAGCUAAUUCUGUAUCGUAUCUAACAGAUCGACUCAGAAAAAGACAAUUAGAUUACACGUCUGUAAUUACUGGCAAGACCGAACGGGAACCCAGAUGGAAGGAAUGCAUUGACAUUACCUCAGGAAGUUUGUCUAUAGCCGCUGGCGCCCUCUACGUCAGAAAAUACUUCAACGAACAAGCUAGAAAGAACGCUCAAGAAAUGGUGAAGGACAUUCGAUCGCAGUUCGAAGAGAUUCUCAAAGUGGUCGAUUGGAUGGACGAUGAAACCAGAAUGAACGCUUUGGAUAAGGCGAAAUCUAUGACGACGCAUAUCGCUUACCCGGAUGAAUUGUUGGAUGAUCAAAAAUUGAUCGAAUUUUACGAUGGAUUGGAAAUUAGUUCGGAAAAAUACCUGAAGUCUGUUUUGAAUCUCACAUUAUUUGGCACAAGAUUUUCAUUCAAACGUUUGAGACAACCUGUAAACAAAACCGACUGGAUCACUCAUGGAAGGCCUGCUGUCGUCAACGCUUAUUAUUCCUCAAUUGAAAACAGUAUUCAAUUCCCAGCCGGUAUUCUACAGGGUGCUUUUUUCAACGCUGACAGACCACGUUACAUGAAUUACGGAGCUAUCGGCUUCGUGAUCGGUCACGAAAUCACCCACGGCUUCGAUGACCAAGGUAGACAGUUCGACAAAAAUGGUAAUCUAGUCGAUUGGUGGCAGGAAAUAACGAAAAAACGAUUCGUCGAAAAAGCCCAAUGCAUCAUCGAUCAGUAUGCAAAUUACAGUGUCCCGGAACUCGGUUUAAACCUAAAUGGAAUCAACACCCAAGGAGAAAAUAUAGCAGACAAUGGAGGGAUCAAGGAAUCGUAUUUAGCAUACAAUAAAUGGGUCAAAAAGCACGGAGAGGAACCCAAACUUCCAGGACUGAAAUACACCCCCAAACAACUUUUCUGGAUAUCAGCCGCGAACUCGUGGUGUUCCAAAUACAGACCUGAAUCACUGAAGUUGAGGAUUUUAACGGGAUACCAUUCGCCUAGCCAGUUUAGAGUGUUGGGACCGAUGAGCAAUUCCGAGUAUUUCAUUAAAGACUUUAAUUGCCCGACAGGUACGAACAUGAACAGGGCUAAGAAGUGUCUGGUGUGGUAAUAAACGAAACAUUGUUUUUUUGUUUUAAUUUGUUGAAAGAAAAUUCUGACGAAAGGAAUUUGAAAGUCUUCCUAUUUAUAUUAUUUGUUAUAUUUAAAUGUAGGAUUUUUAAAUUGAUAAUAAGAAUGUUGUGUAGUUUUAAAAUGAUGAGAUAUUACUGUAUUUUUGAUAUUUUGUUUAUUUUAUGACGGAGAGAAAG